AUGAGGCACAAAAAUGCAUAUAUACUUAAGACGUCUAAUGUGAUAUUUUUAGUGCUGGUUACUAUUUAUAUCAUCUUAUUUCACACCAUACAAAAUGGAUCCAUGAACGCUUACAUAAAUAUUAACAACUCUCAAGCACUUAUGAAACGCACCCAUGAAAGAAACCUUUCUCAAAAAUUGAGGAAACUGAUUCAAAAGAAAAUCCUCGGAAAAUUUUUCAGCUCACUCAAAAAUGAAAAAGGAGUCCCUCUAGAAAAUGUUGAUAGUACUACUUUAUACAACAGUGGAUAUUUAUCAUAUAAAGAAAAGAAAAUAGGUUCUCAAAGUAGGAAUAAGCAUAUUAAUAGUAAAAAUAAUAACGACUCCAAUAAAAACAAGAAAAAUGACUACCAGAUAGUUGGGAUCAAACAAAACAAGGGAAAGAAAUAUAAUAAAAAGGGUAAUAAUAUAAAUGACAAAAAAAAAAAAUAUACAAUCAAAUUAUUUUUAAAGAAUAUUGAUGAUGAAAAAAUUGAGUAUAUUAAAAAUCUAACAGAUGAAAAAAUAGAUAUAAUGAUUCAAAGAAUACAUAAGAAUAUUACUAAGGAUGAACUGUUUUCCAUAUGGAGAAACGUUCGUUAUAAUUAUGUAAGAAAAUAUGUAGAUAUGAUGAAUGAACUUUGGUCAUAUGUAAAAGAAGAAUCAGAUAAAAAUAAUUUCUCAGAUAUUGCUUUUAAUAAAAUAUGGUGGAAAUUAUAUCCUGAACUUAUAUCUGAAUUUAGAGAAAAAGAUAAUAACAAUUAUAAUGAGUUUUUCAAUAUAUUUAAUACAGAAACAUGUGAUCCAGAUAUAUAUAUCGAUUUUAUUAAUACAACAAGAAAAAACUGGAAUGAAAUUAUUAGUGUCAUGAGAUAUAAAUGGAUCACAAUCAUUCCUUUUAAUUUCCCCCCAAGGAAGAAUAAACACAUAUAUAUAUAA